AUGUCGACAAUAUUUACACUGUUCAGCGCCCUCGUGCUUCUAUCGCCGGGUCUGGAUGCUGAGUCGCCUAUAAUGAAGAAGUUGGAAUCUGCCUUGGAUACAGACACUGUCAAUCCGGAACGGGAAUUAGAUUGUAUGUUGUACCGUAUGGAGGAGGAAAUCAAAAGAGCAGAAAAGAAAGUGGCCAGGCUGGAAAAGGAACUAGUGGCUCUUACCAAACCAAGGCCGAAAGGCGAACAGUGUGCGUUUACUACAUAUUUGUCGAGCAGUAGCUCUGGCCUAUACAGUAGUGGAGGCCGUAUAAGGUUCACCAAGGUCGUCACGAAUGUUGGAGGAGCAUACAGCGUUGGCAAUGGCAUAUUUACUAGUCCUGCAGAUGGUGUAUAUGUUUUCCAUUUUCACACCAAUUUGUAUUACUAUAACAAACAUUGUGCCCUUUCACUUUAUCGAAGCGGGAUAGUCGUCACAACUGCCUACGGCUAUGAAGGGUCCGUCGGAUACAAUUCAUUUGGUGGUACUGCUGUCCUAGAACUGAAAAAAUCAGAAACUGUGUAUAUUGGAAUAACAUCACCACUUACAAGAAGUUCCUGUCCCUUGCGUGGACCGUUCACAACCUUCACUGGCUAUCGGAUAUAG